AUGACAGAAGUCUAAACGACUAGGACCUGGGAUUUCAAGGGUCCCCCUGGAUCCAAGGGAAGCUAACUUGUUAGAUGAUUAAUGUGUAAAUGAUGUCACAAUCACAUGAAGGCUACAUCCUUCCUUCCACAGAUAGUUCACUCCAUACGUUUCAACCUCGUGCUUUUCAAUAGGUCAUAUAUAAGACAAGCAAACUCUCUUCAUUCCAACCACAUCACAAACAUUCAACAUACAAUGGCUGUGGUGUUCUGGUCAUUGGUUUUAGUGUGCCUCUGCUUCCAGCUACCUUCCAAUGCCCAAGCACCUGCAACUGUGCCCCCAGUGCAGUUGCCACCUACAACCCCAGCUGCAACAUCUCCCUCUUCUACCACACCACCGGUGGCAACACAGCCACCAACAGUGGUGGCAUCCCCUCCCACUACAACCACACCACCAACAACAUCCCCACCACCUACAACUGUAGCUCCUGUGACACCACCUUCUCCCAAGAUUGCACCAGCUUCAAGCCCCAAAGCCCCACCACCCCAAACUCCACCACAACCACCAAAACCAUCUCCUGUCUCACCUCCCACAUCACCACCCCCACUACCGCCACCACCAGUUGCUACACCACCACCAUUGCCGCCACCAAAGAUAGCCCCUACACCAGCCAUAACACCCCCAACUCCUGCACCAGUAAAGGCAACACCAGCACCAGCACCUGCACCAGCAAAGCCAGCUCCAACUCCAUCUCCUGUUCCUCCACCACCAACACUGGCACCAACACCAGUAGUAGAGGUACCAGCACCGGCACCAUCAUCACAUAAACAUAGAAGGCACAGGCACAGGCACCGGAGACAUCAAGCACCUGCUCCAGCACCAACCAUUAUCCGCAAAAGCCCACCUGCACCACCUGAUUCCACAGCAGAAUCAGACACAACACCAGCACCAUCACCAAGUCUGAAUUUGAAUGCUUCUCCACCAAAUCACCAGCAAGGGAGAAAUAUAUGGGCAACAGCUGGGCUUGCAGCUGCUGUUUUUCUGGCUGUGACCGGCUACAGCUGCUAGCAAUUUCAUGGUGACCAAGGAUUCACUUUAAUGAGUUAUUUGGUUUGCAAAAUAUCAAAUUUUUAAUGUGCAUAGAUCUAAAUAAUGAGAAUCUAUACCUAUGAUUCUUAUUUUAUUUUUUUGUGAUCUUUGCUCAGAAGUAUUAAUGGAUAUGCAUUUUUGAAUUAUUGAAAUAAUCAGGAAAUGUCAAACAAAA